AUGUCCAAUAAUGAACCGUUGCUUGUUGAUAAUUUGGACAUGAAGUCCUCUACCCCACCAACCAUUGGGCUCAAAUCCAGCCUCUCUAUCCGCUCGAAAGGGGCGCCACCACCUGAGGCUCAGCCAGAAUGUCAACUCAUGUGCCCUAGCAUCAUGGAUCGCAUUAUCUCGUUAUCGCCGGUGCCGACCAUUGUGUUGAACUCCUCAUUCGAUAUUUUGGAAGUCUCCUGCAGCCAAAUAAAUUUCUCUGGACUCGACCGAGAUGACUAUAUUGGUGCCAACAUAUAUAACCUCGACCCCGCCAAAAUCCCCGUGACCAGCAUAGAAGCCCUUCGAAACGGAAUCGACAAAGCGAUCAAGCUCAGAAGUGUUUGCAAAAUUGAUAGCAUUGAGGUUGUCUCGCAUUCUUAUUACUGCAAUCUACGAAUUUCUCCCAUAUUCGAGAACGACUCCUCCCUCGUCUAUAUUAUUCUCGAAAGCUGCGAUAUUACGAAGAUACAUAGGGAGGGCGAUGUUGUUGAUCCGUCACUCGAUGCUCCGGACAUCUACAAGCAUCUGAUUGACAGCGUGAAACACGUCGUGAUAUUCAUGCUGACGCCCGAAGGGAAUGUUGCUACCUGGAAUGAUGGAGCCUCCGCCCUCAAGGGGUAUGCCGCUGAGGAGAUUAUCGGCCAGCAUUUUUCGAUAUUUUAUUCCCCAGAGGACCGCUUAAAGGACAAGCCACGCAAAGAACUUGCCAAGUGUUUACAGGAUGGCAAACUGGAGGACGAGGGCUGGCGCGUUCGCAAAGACGGCACGAAAUUUUUUGCCAAUGUUGUGAUCAGCCCUGUUUACCGCUUCCGAGUCCUAGUCGGCUUUAGCAAGGUUACGCGUGAUAUCACAGACAGGAAGGAAACUGAGGACCGUUUGGUGGCCGCUUACGAAGAAUCUGCCAAACUCAAAUCUCAAUUUUUGGCGAAUAUGAGCCACGAGAUCCGCACCCCAAUGCACGGCAUGCUAGCAGCGCUCACGUUGCUCAAAGACACCGGGCUAAACGAUAAACAGGACGAAUAUGCCAAGAUAAUCGAGAACUCGGGAUCCAUUCUCUUGCGUGUUAUUAAUGACAUUCUCGACUACUCCAAACUUUCCUCGGGAACUUUCACGCUCAAUUCUGAUCUGCUAAGCGUUCAACAAAUCCACAGGAACGCAAUACAACACUGCCAGACCUUGCUAAAACCCGGAAUAACACUGACAUCCGAAGUUGCAGAAGCUAUCCCAGAAUUCUCCAAAGGGGAUCCUCUGCGAUAUCAACAAAUACUUCAGAACUUACUGAUGAACUCAGCAAAGUUCACGGAAUCCGGGUCAAUUCAUGUCAGGUCCAAGCUAACCAAUGAUGAGUUGUCGUCCCACCGUAUUUAUACUGAGGUUAUCGACACCGGGAUCGGGGUCGCUGCCGAAGCUGCGAAACGACUUUUCGACCCUUUCACUCAGGUUUUCAGCUCUACAGGGGAACAAUACCAAGGAAUCGGUCUUGGACUGGCGAUUUGCAGAAAUUUAAUAGACUUCAUGGGUGGUUCAAUUGGUUAUCACCCCAACCCUGACGGUCAGGGUUCUGUGUUUUGGUUUUCGGUACGACUAGGAAAAGUGGACGUGGCCACCAGUCCUGGCCCUUCCGGGGCGCUCUCUCCAAUUGAAAUGGAACCCAUCGAGGAACUCAAAGCUAUUGCUCCGGGUAAGCAACUCCUCCUGGUCGAGGAUAAUAAGAUAAGCCAAGCUGUUAUGUUGAAGUUGCUAAAAAACUUGGGCUUUGGGCGCGUUGAUGCCGCAUAUGAUGGAGCCCAAGCGCUGAAAAUGCUGCGGGCGAAGCCGUUUUCUUACCACGCCGUGUUGAUGGAUAUCAACAUGCCUGUUAUGGAUGGUGUGGAAGCCACCGUGGAGAUACGGAACUCGUUGAAGCUAGAUAUUCCCAUAAUUGCGAUGACAGCGAAUGCCCUCCAAGGUGAUGCGGAAAUGUAUUUGUCCAAGGGAAUGGAUGGGUACGUCUCCAAGCCGGUGAAUCGGAACCAUUUGAUUAAGAAUUUGGUAAGGGUUCUUAGAUGA